AAUAUUGGGUGGGUUUAACCCAACACGUAGGCAUAUGGGAGAAACAAUCAGCGAUCGACACGUGGCGCCACGUUGGCGAGGGCGUCAGGGCGUUCAAAAUUCGCGCGGGCCGACCACUCUGACGCUCCCUCUGCUCUGCGACGCCUGCGCCUGUCAAAAUCGUCCUCUCUCUCCUCUCUCUCUCCCCCGUUCUCCGUUCCGUUCCGUUGCGGGGGAGAACAAAACUCUUUACGAAAGCUGCUUCUCUGCCCCUCCUCUGCUCUCUCUCUCCAUUCUCGCCGACGAUCUCUCUCUCUCUCCAUUCUCGACUUCGACGCCCUCUCGGGACUCCAACGCUCCUCAAGGCGGUUGCCACCAACGCCGACGACGCCGCCUCCGCCUCCACCCCGACGCCCUCUCACGACUCCGUCGCCCCCGACUCCGACGCCGACGCCCACCUCCGCCUCCGCCUCGGCCGACGCCCUUUCCACCUCCGCCGAAGCCUCGACCGAUCGUUCGGCUGCGGACUCUGCUAAUAUCUCACAGCGUCCUCGUCAGUGUCAUCUGCUGCGUUGCUGGGGUUCUGGCUCUGCUUUUGCUGCCGAUUCUCAGCGAGAACACCUACAUUCCAGAAAACGCCCUCAUGCCAGGUUGUAAGCUAUGGUUGAGGUCUGCCUUAUCUCCAAGCAUCAUGCGAAGCACACUUGUUGGGCAGUGUUUCCAUUCUCGUAAUGAAAAAAUUCAUAAGGAUAUCUUUGAACUUUUCCAGCCACUUUUUCAGUCUCUUGAAGCUUGGCAAGAUGGCGAGCUUGAGAAGCAAAGAAGGAAUUUUCUUUAUUUUCUCCUCCAUCAAGUGCCAGUUAGCAGCAACUUCAGUGUUCUUACUAGACAAAAAGCUCGCCAGAUAGCUUUUCUUAUCAUACACAGAGGUUACAAGAUGAAUCCACCUUCUCCCCCUUUUGAAUGUUCAUAUAUGUGGGGUCCCUCUCUUGUGUCUUCCUUGAAGGAUUCUUCUCUUCAUCCUUCUUUGCGGCAACCUGCCCUUGAUCUCAUUCAAACUAUCUUGGUCUCUGAUGCUGCUGACUUAAUAUCGUCAGCCUUAAGUUUUCACACACGCCCAAGUAUUGGUAGAGGUGCCAUCAAGUUGAAUGAUGAUGAAGAUGAUGAUCGGCCAGCAUUUCUUCCAUAUGGUGUGGAGGAGGAGGAUUUUGGUGCGUGGGGUGGUUUCAGUUCACAAAAUAUGGUUGUUUCUCGGGAAUAGAGAGGAUGGAUGUGCAUCCCCAUGUUAUGGACUGAUGUUUUGGUUGAAAUUGAUCCCAAUGUUCUUCCAUUGUCAUUUACCAAGGUUGUCUUUUGGGCCAGAUCUCGCUUGUUGUUUGUCGAACCUGAUAUUAGUGGGGAAAAAUAUCUUCCAAUUCAAUCUUUUGGAUUUUAUCAUUUGCUGCGGAAAUGUCAUCUGCAUUUGGAUGGAAGUUUCCUACUGGCUCUAAUGCGUUGUCAUUUAUUGCAUUUGGAGGAGGAGGAGGAGGAGGAGGAGCAGGAUCCCCUCGCCGUCAACUACGGGGAGGUCCCGCUGCCCGAUUUGCAGUCCUAGGAGGAGGUGGGCGAGCCGUACACGGAGGUCGGGCGCUGGGGG